AUGGAUCCAUCUCUUCCGCUCGUCGUCGACAAUGGAACCGGCUUCGUGAAAGUAGGUUACGCAGGCUCCAAUUUCCCUGAACAUGUAUUCCCCUCUAUCGUCGGUCGACCCAUCCUGCGCGCGGAAGAGCGUGUAGGGUCUGCAGUGAUCAAGGAUAUCAUGGUCGGCGACGAGGCGGCGGAAAACCGCAACUAUUUGCAAGUCACCCAGCCGAUGGAGCACGGCAUCGUGCGCAACUGGGAGGACAUGAAGAUACUCUGGGACUACACCUUCGACGAGAAGCUCCACGUCAAUACACAGGGGCGCAAAGUGCUGCUCACUGAGCCCCCAAUGAACCCCAAGGCGAACCGGCAGCGCAUGUGCCAGGUCAUGUUCGAGGAGUAUGGCUUCGGUGGCGUGUAUGUUGCCAUACAAGCCGUGUUGACAUUGUACGCGCAAGGUCUGACGACGGGCGUGGUGGUUGACUCUGGGGACGGCGUCACACACAUCGUACCCGUCUACGAUGGCUUUGCCCUUCCACAUCUGACCCGACGUCUGGACAUCGCCGGCCGUGACGUGACGCGCUACCUCAUCAAGCUGCUACUCAUGCGCGGAUACGCGUUCAACCGGACAGCCGACUUUGAGACUGUACGUGAGAUCAAGGAGAAGCUAUGCUACGUCAGCUAUGACCUCGAGCUGGACACGCGACUAUCAGAAGAGACGACAGUGUUGGUGGAGACCUACACACUUCCAGAUGGCAGAGUGAUCAAGAUCGGCUCAGAGCGGUUUGAAGCGCCGGAAUGCAUGUUCCAACCGCACCUUGUCGAUGUCGAGCAGCCAGGAAUAGCAGAAAUGCUUUUCGAGACCAUCCAGGCUGCAGCGGUCGAUAUCCGCGCGGAGCUGUACAAGCACAUUGUGCUUUCCGGCGGAUCCAGCAUGUACCCCGGGCUGCCCAGUCGGUUAGAGAAGGAGAUGAAGCAGCUCUACCUCACACGGGUACUCCAUGGUGAUCCGACGCGGCUGAACAAAUUUAAGAUAAGGAUUGAGGACCCACCACGCCGCAAACAUAUGGUAUUCCUCGGCGGCGCAGUGCUUGCGGAUAUCAUGAAGAACCGCGAGGAAUUCUGGAUAUCGCGCGAGGAGUGGUUCGAGCAGGGCAUUCGCUCGCUCGACAAACUCGGGCGCGGCGAAAACUAA